AAGUACAAACCGUAAAAAGUGCUUGAUAAUUAAAUAAAAUUGAAUUUUUCGAAUCAGUUUCUGCACAGUUGGCAACGCUGUCCGGUCAAAGUCUACGUGUUUUGUGAGGGUGAUACAGAAUUUAAUAUUAUUUUAAGUUAAAGUUUCAAUUAGAUCGUGACCCAAUUCGAAAAAAAUGGCAUCGUACAUCGCUAGGAACAUUGUCAAAAGCCCAGCCGCCUUAGGUCUCGCACAACAAAAAUUAGGUGUCCGUGCAUUUUCCGUUGGCAACCAGCUCAAUCAGAAAAAAGCCAAACCAACCCCUGGGCAGAAUAUAGUGCUGGUUGAUGGAGUACGUACCCCAUUCUUGCUUUCUGGCACUGAAUACUCCAAAUUCAUGCCCCAUGAUUUGGCCACACACGCUCUCAGGGGAAUCUUGGCAAAAACAGGAGUUCCAGCUGACUUAAUUGACUAUGUCAUCUAUGGAACAGUCUUACAGGAAGUCAGAACCUCAAACAUUGCUAGGGAAGCCGCCUUAUGUGCAGGUUACAGUGACAAGACUCCUGCACAUACAGUCACCAUGGCAUGCAUUUCAUCAAAUGUGGCCAUGACCACAGCUAUUGGUUUGAUUAACAGUGGAGUUUACAACAUGAUUGUUGCUGGUGGUGUAGAAUUUAUGUCAGACAUUCCCAUCAGACUAAGCAGGAAAAUGCGUAGCUUGCUGCUGAGACAAAACAAAGCCAAAACUCUUGGCCAGAAAUUAAGCUUGUUCUCGCAAAUUCGUCCCGAUUACUUAAUCCCAGAGCUUCCAUCAAUUUCCGAAUUUUCUUCUGGUGAAACUAUGGGUCACUCUGCUGAUAGAUUGGCUGCUGCCUUUGGAGCCACCAGGCAAGAACAAGAUGAUUACGCCCAACGUUCUCACUCCUUGGCCCAACAAGCUUCUGAUAAAGGAUACUUCACUGACCUUAUUCCAGUUCAUCUGCCAGGCAAUGACAAACCCAUAGUAAAAGACAACGGAAUUAGAGUAUCAACCAAGGAACAAUUGGCCAAACUGAAACCAGCCUUUAUCAAACCCCAUGGCACAGUUACAGCUGCCAACGCCUCCUUUUUGACUGACGGCGCUUCAGCAUGCUUGAUUACCACCGAAGCACGUGCCAAAGAAUUAGGACUGAAACCCAAAGCGUACCUCCGUCAUUUCACCUACGUAUCACAAGACCCCAUCGAUCAGCUGUUGCUCGGCCCUGCUUACGGCACACCCAUUAUUCUAGAAAAAGCAGGUCUCGAAUUGAAAGAAAUCGACACUUGGGAGUUCCACGAGGCCUUUGCUGGUCAAAUUUUGGCCAACCUUAAGGCCCUCGACAGUGACUGGUUCGCCCAGAGGUUCAUGAAGAGACAGACGAAAGUUGGAGCCCCCGAUAUUGCGAAAUUCAACACCUGGGGUGGAUCUCUCUCCAUCGGACACCCGUUCGCCGCCACCGGUGUCAGAUUGGCAAUGCACACGGCCAAUAGGCUAGUUAGGGAGGACGGACAGUACGGUAUUGUAGCCGCCUGCGCCGCCGGAGGACAGGGUGUUGCUAUGUUGCUUGAAAGACAUCCAGAUGCCACAGCCAACUAAAAAAUACAUUAUCUUUUUAUAUACAAUAAUUUGGUGCCUUCUACACUGUACAUCCUGUAUAUUUUUAUUUUUAUAAAUAGCAUGUUUAGACUGUAAAAUGUUAUUGUUAAGCAUAUUUAUAAUCAAUAUGAUAAAUUUUUAAAUUAUUUUAUGUAAUGUAUAAUACAAUUUUUAAUACAAAACAAUUUACAAAAUAUACAUAUUAAAAACAG